AUGAAUCAUAAUCAAGCACAGGUGCGAACUUUGUAUAUUAGAAAUCUUAAUGAGAAGGUAUCAAGAAAUACACUUCGGACGAGUCUAACGCAAUAUUUCAAAAGUCAUGGUUUUGAAGUGCAAGACAUUAAAACGUUUACAAAUAUUCGUUUGCGAGGUCAAGCAUUUGUGACUCUUCGGAAUCACUCUGAAUGCAUACGGUUGAUGAAUAUGUUGAAUACUUCAAUGCUUUUAGGCAAACCAGUUCAAAUUCAAAUGUCGCAUUCUAGUAGCGAUUAUGCUGUGGAACAGUCUUUUAAGGCACAAUUCAAAAAUGAAUGGAAGUCGAAAUUCGAUGAAUAUCAGACGAAAAUGAAAAAGAUACGUUUAAAUAAAAGGCAAACAUUCGAUGGCCACAAAAGCCUUAAAAGAAAGUUAUCUGCUGAGCAAAAUGGAUCGGAAGUUUCCCAGAAGAAACAUAAAAUUCAAAGUCCCAAUAUUGCAAAUAAAAUUCUUCUUCUAACGAACUUAUCCUCGUCAGUAGCCGAAUCUAGUUUGUAUAAACUAUUCGAAAAGUUCAAAGGUUUUCAAAAUUUGUCGCUUGUGAAAAUACGGCAUGUUGGUUUUGUUGAGUUUAGGUCCGAAAUAGAGUCUACCGAAUGUCUUAAGGCCAUCGGAAAUAGCCUAAAAGUCGACGGGUGCGACUGCAAGUUGCAUUACGCCAAAAAAUGA